GUCAGCUCCGCGUUUCGGUCCGCGAAAAACGGGUAAAUUCGGUAAAUCAAAUGGAAAGAAGUGUCGCGUAUUUGUGCAAUGAAGUGCAGUGCUGUGGUAAAGUGAUUAAACACUGAAAAUGUCCAAAAUUAGUGUUUCAGUGCAAAAUCAGCGGAGGCAAUCCACGAGGCGAAAUGGCGUACAAAAGGCAAGGCGAAAGGCGUGGCGAGGAGAUCGGCGAGGGAAAAAGGCGGCAAUAUGUGCAAAAAGUGAAGUGCAGUGAAGUGUGUGUUGUAGUGAACUUAUUAAACAUUAAAAAUGGCAAGAAUAGUGUUUUAGUGGAAGAAAAAGGGCGAAGGCGGUCCACAAUGGCAUACAAAAGGCAUGGCGAGGCGAGGCGAAUGGCAGGCGAAAAAGGCGGCAAAAGGCGAGCGAAAAAGACGGCAAAAGGCGUGGCGAGGCGAUCAGCGAUGGAAAAAGCCAGAAAUAUGUGCAAAAAGUGAAGUGAUAAAUUGAAAAACAUAUGAUGCAGUUAUUCUUUUUUUUGAUGUUUCAAAAUCAACAAAAUCACCCCUCAGUUCCAGCAACCCACGAGGUGUCUCAUUUUUUUCCUUUUUUUUCGGUCACGUGAUGUCUUGCAAUGUGUGUGCGUGUGUUAAAAUACUCCAUCAUGUCGUGGGAGUGGCGAAGAAGAAGAGCAGCAUAAAAGAAAGAGCGAGCGCAAAUCGUCAGCUCUCUCGCUCAAAGUGUCACCGUAGGAGAGGUGGCGCUUUGCAAAUCUCGGCGAGGUUACGCUCUCUCUCUCUUUUGAAGUGUGCCCUUGAUCUGAGCAAAUAUGCAAGCAGCGUGAGAGUGAUGCCGAGAGGGUCGCACCUUUAAAUAAUGUGGUCUUAUUGGAACUGCGUUUGCUGUGGUUUUUUUUUAAAGAGUGUGGCAGUGGUGUUUAAAAGUGCGCAGAAAGGAGCAAGAAAAGGAGUAUAAAUAUGAAAAGUGUGUGAGUGCAGUGCGAUUGCUAGAAAAGUCUUUCCAUUUGUCGUCUCUUUCUUUCGUCGUAAGUUUCGGUAUCGUCGUGCGUCGUUCGAAUUGAAAUGCAGCAAAAGCAGAGGAAAAGCAGCAGAAGGAAGAACCGUAUAAAACGAGCAGAAGAGGCGCAGAUUCGCUCUUGAUGAUGAUGAUGGACGACAGAUGCGAAAAAAGCUGGCAGAAGCAGGUCAUAUUUGAUGGGAAAUUCAAGGAAAACUCUACCAAAAAUAGUUUUAAAAAGAUUAAGGGUUUGAAAUGAACAAAAAUCUAUGGAAAGAUCUCUCUUCUUUUGAGACAAUCAAGGGGAUUGCCCUUUAAAACUUGGUUCAAAUGCCACUGGCAGCGGCAGCAGAAGAAGGAAGUUCCAGAAUAAGCUGAAUGUCUUCAAUAAAACCUCUACGAUGCCUCAAAAUGCUAAAAAACUAGAAAUUUACAAAUCCCUGUGUACCGAGGAGGAGUAGAGUGUUGGUGCCUGUAAUUUGGAAAGCAAAAAUGACGCAGCCACGCACAAGGCAACAUCCACAGCGGCAACAACAACAACAGCAGCAGCAACAACAGCAACAAAAUAUACAACAACAUAAACAAGAACAAAAACUGCAAUUAGAGGCAACAGCUACAAAGGGCCGGCAACGAUAUAGAGCGGCAGUAGAGGCAGUCGAAGUGGCAGCAGUAGAGGACAAAUGAGGCAAAAACCAGAAGACGAAGAAGAAGAAACGAAGAAUUUUCCACACAAAUUUGCAUUCAACCAAAGAAAUACAAAAGUCUAAAAACAAAGGAGGAAAAAGGAAGCCAAACAAACACAAAGAAGGAAGUUGUGCGCCAUCCAUCCGCAAAAUAAAACAAAAACCAAAAACAAAAAACGGGUCAGAGGGCAUGGCACACAUACACAAACACGCACACACCCAAGAGACACACCACACACACACAGAGACACAGACACAGAGAAACGAGUGCAUUGUGAACAAAAAUUUUUCAACGAAUUUCCAAAUGUCUACAAAACAAAUCUAACAACAACAAAAACAAAAAACAAAAAACAAAACAAAAACCAAAAAAAAAAGAAAGAACAAAAGACCAUAAGAAAUUUUGAAAUUUGCUCUGUGAUUUUCUAUCAGAAUGGUUUAACAAAUAAUCCACAUAUUAAAUUUAAAUAUUUAUAAAUACAUAUUGCUAAAGUGCAUUCAAAAAAAAAAAAAGAAAACAAGCUUUAAAUCCAACUAAAAAAAUUUCUAUAAAUAUUUAACAAGAAGAAAAGUUUAUUGAUACUAAAGCUAAUUAGUGCAACUAAAGUUAGUUUAAAACGGCGCAACUGUGAGACGUGGAAGAGACCAUCAACAGACCCACCCAUAGACCAGCCAAUCAGCCAAUCAGCAGCCAUGGACGACAUGCCCGAUCUCUCUCAUUUGACCCCCCACGAGCGCAUGCAGAUCGAGAAUGUGCUCAUGCGGCAGAAGCAGGAGGAGGAGGCACAGAACGAGAUAAUGCGUCGCAAACAGGACGAGGUUGUCACUUUGGAAAUGCAAAUCAGACAACGCUCCGAGCAGCAAAAGAAGGCCGGCGUCGAGCUGGAUGCCACCUGUCACAUAUGCCUUAAGACCAAGUUUGCCGAUGGCGUCGGACACAUUUGCCAUUACUGCAACAUACGCUGCUGUGCCCGUUGCGGCGGCAAGGUGACACUUCGCAGCAACAAGGUGAUUUGGGUCUGUAUACUCUGCCGCAAGAAGCAGGAGCUGCUCUCCAAGACGGGCCAAUGGAUCAACAAAACGGGAGCCCAGCAGGACGGUUUUAUCCGCCGCAUCGAGCCCGACGGCAGCAGCGACAUCUCCCAGCAGGCCAUUGUGGAUCCGCACGACACGACGGACAAGCGGCCCAAGCUGGAGCGUACGCGCAGUGCCGCCGAGAAGGAGAACCUGCCCAUGCAACGGGCUGGCAGCAUGCUACGGAGGCAGUACUCGCAGCAGGAGCAGCCCACGAAUCGCCGUCUGUCCGUCUCGGACAGUGGCAUGGAUCCCAUGAUGAGCCCGGGCCAGCAUCCGCAUCAGCAGCAGCAGCAGCAUCCACAGCAACAGCGAGGCCGAAUGCAGCCAAUGAAUCCGCAGCAGUCGCAGCAGGGAUACGGGGGCUAUGGCAUGCAACAACAACAACAGCAGCAGCAGCAGCAACAGCAGCAGCAGCAGAGAUCGGGUGGCGCCUAUCCAGAGGAUGAUCCGCGUUACUAUCAGGGCGAACUGGAUGGCUUGAUGAAACAACAUCCCCAUCUGGCGCAUCCCAGCCAAGUGCAGCCGCAGCAUUCACAACAGCAGCAGCAACAUCCACAGCAUCAGCAGCAACAGCAACACCCACAACAUUCGCAGCACCAGCAGCAGCAGCAUCAGCAGCAGCAACAUCCACAACAGCAGCAGCAACAUCCACAGCAGCAACAAUUUGCGGCGAGACAGCAAACGUACCAGGCACAGAUACAUACUCCACCGCAAUCGCACAUGCAACAGGGGCAACAACAGCAGCAGAUCCAUCCCCAUUCCCAGCAGUCGAUGUCCAUGUCCCAGCAGAUGGCUGGUGGCUACCAGAAGGCACCGCCACUGACCCGAAACCUGACCAUCAGCGGGGGACAUGCCAUGGACAGCAGCUCGUACGGUCAGCAGCAACUUCAGCAGCAGCAGCAGCAGCAGCAGCAGCAGCAAAAUCGAAGACCGCAGUAUGCCUCACAGCAGCAGCGAUCCUUCAGCAGCUCCGAGGAGGAGUUCCAGAAUCAGCUGCUGCAGGCACAGGCCCAGGCGGCCGGGGCAGGAGCCACUGUCAGUGCGGGCUCCGAUUACGAUGGCGGCCGUCUACAGGUGCGCACCUCAGUGGAUCCCUGGCGCCAGCAGCGGAGCCUCAACGAGCGCGAUCUACUGAGCGUCAGUGCCGGCGGCACAUCCAGUGACUACCGCCUGUUGGCGCACACCAGCCAGCGGCAGUACGCGUCGGCGGACCAGCGGGAUCGCUACGAGCUGCAGCUGCAGCAUCGCGAACGCCUGGAGCAGUAUCCGCUGACCAGAACGGCACGACUGGACGUGCAGCAGCGCAACUCGUUGAAUCGCACCAAUCACGAGCGACAGUUCGGGGCCUGUGGCAGCGGUCCAGCUGUUGGGGUAGCCACUGGUGGUGCUGGCGCCUACCGACGUGCCCCGCCCUUGGCUGCAACCGGUGGCGGUGGCAGCAGCAGCAGUAGCACCAGCAGCAGCUACUAUCCCCCCCACAACCACAACCACAACCACAGCCAGGGCCAGGGCCAGUCCAAGCCACAGAUUGUGAUUGGUUCGGGAGCCUAUGAUCGAGGUGGCAACAUGUCGGCUGACCAGGGCGGCGGCAGCUCGAGGGGCAGCCUGAGCAGGGAGCGUGCCCUGUUGGGAGCCAAGAGCUUGGGCGGUGGCGGUGGCAGCAGCUCCGUGAGCUCCACGGAGGCGGCCUACUGGGAUGAGCCUGCCGGGGGCAGCACCUCCUCCUCAUCGGCGGCCCAGGACUCGCGCCGCUUCACCGAGCGCAGAAUAAAGAAGACAGUGCGCUUCGAUGCCCACGAGGAUGGGGCCUCCAUCAUGGCCGGAACUGGGAUGAUGGGCAGCGGAUCGCUGCCGCCGGUGACCACGAUCCUGCCAUCGACAGCGGUGGAUGUGGGUUCGGCCACGCUACUGACCAGCGGAAAGAUGGGAAUGGGCCAGGGACAGGGACCACCGCCCAUGGAAGGGGCCAGUGCUGGGGACUGGGCACGAUGGGAGGCCGAGCGACAGGGCAGCCAGGACUCGGCCACGAAGGACUCGGGCAUCGAUACGAGCAGCACCUUCACCAGCAGCGAGGACUCGAACCGCGGCGACGGCCCCAAGAAUCCGGUGAAUUGGCAAACAUCCGCGGAUAAUACUCGCUUGAUUGGGCACAUGAUAUUACGUAAAUACUAUGAUGGGGAAGAUAUAUUAGGCUUAAAGGUCAACGGCGGCCAGCCCAUCGGAGGAGUAGGAAGAGGAAUAGGAGGUGGACCAUUGGGAGUAGGAGUAGGAGGAGGUCCAUGCGGUGCUAUUGUGGAGAAGGUGAAACGCGGAUCGGUGGCCGAUCUAGAAGGCCGUAUACGACCAGGCGACGAGAUCAUCGAGUGGAAUGGCCGGAAUCUGCACAACAAGAGCGCAGAUGAGGUCUACGACAUUAUCGACGAGAGCCGCCUGGAUGCCCAGGUGGAACUGAUUGUCAGUCGUCCGAUCAGUGGGAGUGGCGGCAGCAGCCAGAACGUCAGUCCCAGCAGUGCCUGCUCCACCAACACCAACAGCAGCAGCCUUCCGCCGCGCCGCUCUACGGCCAAUUUUCCGCACAGCGGCCUGGCCACUAGCAUGGCUGGCAGUGCGGUGGUCAGCAGCGGCGGACGAUAUCUACAGCGCAAAGCCCCAGCGGUUGAGGCCAUUGAAAUCCAUCGUGAUAAGCCCAGUGUUUUGAUAACCUCACCCGGCUCGCCGGAUAUCCACGUAACAGCUGCAUCGGGAGCGGGCAACGGGGUACGGAGUCAACGUGGCGGCGCCUCGCAGCAUAUACAGCGCCUGGGACCAAGCCACAGCACUCACAGCCACAGCAGCAGUGGGAGUGGCAGCGUCAGCGGCAGCAGCACCACCAGCAGCGUCCACGCAGCGUCCGGCAGUCUUCAGGGCGCCUCCGUUCCCGCCGCCGCGUCGACGAACUCUUCCUCCGCCCCGGGCGGAGGUCUGCACGGCACAACGACGGCGGGCCAUCAUCACCACCAUCAUUGCCACCAGCCAUUGCCGUCCGUACAUUUGCAUGGCGCCCACGGGGGCCUGGGGAUGGGCAGUGGGGCGGGAACGACGACGCAACCGAUACCGAUCGAGGGGCGGCUGCAGCUGAAGCUCGGCUACGAUCAGAACACACUCCAGCUGAUCGUGACAUUGGUGUGUGCCACAGGCCUGUCCCUGCGCCAGAGCGGAGCAGGCCGCAAUCCCUAUGCAAAAGUGUUCCUUCUGCCCGAUCGCAGCCACAAGUCCAAGCGGCGGACAAAGACAGUGGGCACCACCUGCGAACCGCGCUGGGCGCAGACCUUUCUCUAUUCGGGUCUGCGACGCUGUGAUCUUAAUGGACGGCUGCUUGAGGUGACGCUGUGGGACUAUGUGCGCUAUGGGGCCAACGAUUUCAUCGGCGAGGUGGUCAUCGAUCUGGCCCAUCACAUACUGGACGACGAGGCCGAAUGGUAUCAACUGCAGCCGCAUCAGGACACCUCCUAUCUCUUACGUGACGAGGGCAGCGAUGUGGACGGCCUGAUACUGACACCGACAGAUCAUUUAUCACCGCCGAGCACCAUGUCGCGUCUGAGCGACUCGGACACGACGUCCGACUGUGACAUCGAUGGAAUGACGCCGGUGGCCAGCAUCUCCUCGAUGGGAAGCUCGGCCAGUCCGCCGCCCAUGUUAGAGCUCGAUCUAAACGAGCGUCGAUCCAGACGCGACAUGUCACCGCAGGGCCGCAAACGGGUGGCCGGAAUGGUGGCCCGUGAUUAUCGUACUGUCUCUGGCAUUGGACAAAGUUAUCAUAAUCAGGCAUCUGCCACGGGCUAUUAUCGACGCGGCGGCGGCGGCGUUGGAGUCGGCGGAGGUAAUGGUGUCGGCGGUUCCUCCUGCAUUGGACCCGGUGGCAUGAGCCUCAGUCAUCGCAGUCAUUCGGCGGCACCCAACGACAGCUACCACAGCGGAGGCGGCGGCGGAGUGGGAGGAGUUCCCUCUGGUGGUCCAGGCUACGGCUAUAGGAGCACCAGUCCACGCAGAGGCUCAUUGUCGCCACCGGACGAUCGGUACAUAGACUACCCAGUGCUUCCAGUACACGGCUCGCCCAACGCGCCCUCCAUCUAUCCGGGUUCGGGUCCGAGUGCGGGCGUUGCAGCCACAUCGGCCACACAGCAGCAGAGAUUCCAGUCGCGGUCGGCCACAGCCACGCCCACAGGAUCGCCAAAGAAGAGGCAACUGCCACAGGUGCCUCAAACAUCGCGUAGCGCCAUGCUGCGGGACCGGCUCGGCCAGGACUUUGACGAGCGUCUGGCCUCGGGCAGCCGCUUUGGGAGGCAUCGUACACGACAGCCGCAUCACCAGGCCACCUACCGGAGCACCGGGAUGGGCGGCUGGGAGCGCCACUACACAGGGCUGUCCGACAGCGACCUGCACUCGAUGGACGCGAGGAUGCGGCCGCGGCACUCGCUGUCGCCGGACAAGGACUUUAUGGGCGAGUUCGGUGAUUCCGAUAUGGAGUCGGUGGUCAGUGUGACGUCCAGCGCCUUCUCCACGCAGUCGGAGCGGCCGCGCACCUCGCGGGGACUCAGCUUCCCCCGCAACUGGCGCAAUCUCUUUGGCGUUCGCAACAGCUUCUUGGGAGGUGCCACAGGCACUGGUGGCCCCGUAACUGGACUCCGGAUGAUGCAUCCCUUGGAUGCAGCCAGCCAACGUGCCAACACCAUCGAGGUGGACGACUGCGACUAUCUUUCGCACAUGGCGGGUGGCGGCACACAACAGCAGCUCCUCCUGCUGGAGCAGCUCGAGCAACUGCAACAUUUGGCGGCCAUGGCGGCCGCCGAUUCCCCACCCAUUUCGGCGGGGCUCGGCCACGGAGUUGGAAUGGGAUGUGGGAUGGGGAUGGGAGCACCGCAACGUGUCCUGGUGACGGACGCGAACAGCGGCGAACUGGUGGAGCAGUUCUUUGUGGAGCCUGCGACAGCCGCUGAGGAGACAUCGGUCAUCGAUCCGCUCGAUCCACUCGAACCACUCGAUCCUCAUGUGCAUCUGCAUCCGCAUUCUGUCUACUAUUCGCCUCAUUUGUCCACCAACCAUCCGUCAUUUUUGACGCCCAACGACAUGUUUCAACGACGGCCCAACGGACAGACACCAACCGCCUCCCCCUCCGCCACAGCCUUUGCUCAUGCCUAUCCGCUGCCGCUGCCGCUGCCCAGCUUUGAGCAAUUCAAGCGCAUUACUACGCCCGUCAUGAAUCUCUUCCGCAGCUCCUCGCCCAUUCCCAAUGUCCACGCCCACGCCCAUGACCACGCCCACACGGUAUCCUCCUCGCCCAGCUCGUACGUGGGCUAUGUGCGGGACCAUCUGGACAAGAGCUGCAGCCACUGCCAGAACGGCAGCCAGCCGGUGGUGCUCUCCACGAAUACGGCCCUGGCAAUGCCCGGACUGACAAUCGGAGCCUGUACGGAUCCUUGCUGCCUGGUGGACGCGCAUCCGCAUCCGCAGCACCAACCGAUCGCGUACCCGUACAGUGCGGAGCAACUGCUUCGCCGCCCCUCGCUCUCCGCCUCCAUGUACCAGCCGAGCAGCUCGGAGCCCUCGCUGCCCACCAUGGACCCGGCAAUGUGCGGCGAGUGCGUCGACCAGCACUUCCUGGGCGGCCUCACCGGCCCCCAGGUGAACCUCGGCGCCGUGCCCACCUAUCACGUGCACACGCCCACCCCGACCGCCCAUCGGCGGGCCAAGGCGCAGCUGGCGGCGCCUCCGUCGCUGCCCACCCAGUCCGUGCUGCGUCUCUCGCGCCAGCUGAGCGAGGACGCCCUGGUCUCCUCCAUGCCCAUCUCUGAGUCGACGGCCAAGGCACAGCCCACCUCGAUCCUGAAAAAGCCUAAGCUCGACCGCCGGCGCAUGUUCCACGAGGGCCAGUCGCGGUCCCUGGACUACGACGACCUGCACAACAAGAGCUGGGGCCGCCGGCGCAUUCGCUACGAGGAUGAGGUGGCCCAACACGAGGCGGCCGCCUAUCCCUAUCCCCAUUCCUACCCCUAUCCCCAUUCCUCGUCGUCUCCGUCGGAGGGACAGCUGCCCAUGUCGCGGCGCUACGGGUCUGAGACGAACAUCCGGCAGUCGUACAUGGGCGCCAAUGUGGAUGCCCACAAUCCGCUGAGUCACUCGCAUUUCCUCGUCACCGACGACAAGAUUGUGACCAUCACCUACGACUCGGACGUGGGCUGGACCCGGCGCGGCGUUGCCCCAUCACUCUUUCGCGGGCCGCACCGGCAGCAGAGAGGAGCCAUGUCGCUGGAUCUGCAGCGGACCAAUCAGCAGAAGCUCUACGGCCCGGCAGCGCCGUACCUGAAGCGUCGGCGGAAUUUGCCACAUCCGCCUAGUGCACAGAACGCGCACAACUUCUCGCCCAUGGAGGCACGGGACGGUGGAUCGACGGGGAUGGACUAUACACUGCCGCAGCAUGGUGGCGAGCAGCGGGGCAGCGGUAACAUCGGAAUCGGAGUCGGAAACGGUAGCGGGGGCGGGGGCGGUGGUUCACACAACACCAACAAUAUUAACAGUUACAGUAACAGUACCACACUCAACCAAUCACACCACCAGAAUCACACCACAAUCACCAACCACCACAAUAGCCAACAACAACAAGCGAGUAGUGUUAGUGUUAGUCAAAGUCACAACAAAAAAGGGAAAGAAGGCAUCAACGCUAUCGGCGGAACGAUGGCAUCAUCGGAGCAACAGACGAAAUCUAGUAGUGGGAGCGGUGGUGCAACAUCUACUGCCGCCGCUGCUGGCAAUGUCGUCCUCGGUGGUAAUAAUGCUAAUAAUGCUUCUUCUUCCUCUUUUGCAAAUCCCCCACAACAACAUCAUGGUGUCGCCAAUCAACCAAUUACAACAAAUGCAUCACCCAACACCAACACCAAUACGAACACCAACAUUAACAACUAUAACAAUUACAUGAACAAUAACAACAACAACAACAACCGUGCCCAAUCAUCAUCAACAACACCACACCAACAACAACAAAACACCAAUUCAACAACACCAAUGAACACAACAACAACGAAUGACGUUAACAACUUGACUCAUGACGCAACAAAUCCCACACAACAACAACAACAAAAUACAUGCACAAAUCUCAUCAACAAUACAACAACAACAAUCACAACUUCAACAACAAACACAUCGUCGAAUGCAACGAAUGCGGCGACAACAACGACGACAACGACAACAACUUCAACAACAACAACUGCAACAAAUGCUACAACAACUGCCACAAAUCCAACAACGAAUACAAAUACAAAUAAUACGAACGAUACAAACGCAACAACAACGAACGCAAAUGCCGAUGCGGAUGCGGACGCGGAUGCUCCGCUCGAUGCCAUCGACUGGGAUGCUAUCGAUGCCAUGUUGGAUGACGACUUCAGCGAGUACGACAAGGACAAGAACGGCCCUGAGGGCGGUGCCAAGUCCACAGAAGGUGGCACCGGGGGAGAAGAUAAAGCUGAUGGAAGCCAAUCGGAUACCGCUAAUGAUCGGAAGAAAGGCGGCGCCGUGGACCAGGAACGCUCGCCAAAGGGCGGCAGCGGCAUGGGCAAGAAAUCCAAUUCCACCUCCCAGCUGUCCGCAACAGGUCGUAAAAGACGUAUGGGCUUUGGAAAGAAGGGUAAGAACUCGUUCACGGUGCAUCGCAGCGAAGAGGUGCUGCCCGGUGAUAUCACGCGCGAGCUGCGCGGUGGCGGUGGCGUUGGCGUCGGUGGUGCCGCUGGUGGUGCCAGAGGUACGGCCGGAGGCGUUGGUGGUGGCCUCUCGCGUGGCUCGUCCUCGGAGGCGGACCCCAUUGAGCAGUUUUUCGGCGAUGGCGCCGGUGGGGAAAGAUUCUCUCCCUCGUUGCGCAAUGAUGGAGCCCUCAAUGAGUUUGUCGAGGGCCUGGGACCAGGACAACUGGUGGGUCGCCAGGUGCUUGGUGCUCCCUCACUGGGCGACAUCCAGCUAUCGAUGUGCCAUCAGAAGGGCUUUCUAGAGGUGGAGGUCAUUCGAGCCAGAGGGUUGACGCAAAAACCCUCAUCGAAGAUGCUGCCCGCUCCAUAUGUGAAGGUGUAUCUGGUGUCGGGAAAGGAUUGCGUGGACAAGAUGAAGACUUCGACGGCGCGUCGCACCCUGGACCCGCUCUACCAGCAGCAGUUGGUGUUCAAGCACUCCUACGCUGGUUGCAUACUCCAGAUAACCGUAUGGGGCGACUACGGGCGCAUCGAGAAGAAAGUGUUUAUGGGCGUCGCUCAGAUAAUGCUCGACGAUCUGAAUCUGUCAAAUAUCGUGAUCGGCUGGUAUAAGCUCUUUGGCACCACCUCACUGGUCAGUUGCUCUUCUAUAGGUUUAGGCUCUAGGCGCUCAUCGUUAGCAUCACUUGAUUCACUCAAACUCUAGGAUUUAGCGAUACAUCUGCGAACUAAAUUCGAAACGUACAAAUACAAAUUGAAACUUAGCUAGAACUGGCACUAGCAAGUUGCUAAAAAACACUUGCAUUAUCUAUAUAUUUAUGUAUAAACCCAGACACACACACAAUCACACAAUAUAUAUAAUUAAAAUAUACAUUUGCAUACGUAUGUCUCGACAUUUAGUUCCGUAUUGACCGUAAUGUGCAAACCAAGUAAAAGAAUUGACCAUUAACCAACCAGCAACUAAAAGUAAAUAAUUUGUAGAGUAGUUAAUCACAAAACAAACACCUGUCAAAUCAGCAGACCAAACUAUCAACCGAUUACUGAUUGGUUCGAUACGCUUAACAAAGCGACCAAAAACAAAAAAAAAAACAAAAACCUAAAAUAAUAUUGAUAAAAUAGUGAACAUCUCAAAUGCAUUUGUUUUUAGCUAGAAUUAUUUACAUAUAAAAUAAUGACACAGACACACGCACUCCUGUAAAUGAAACGCUUGUUAUAUUCACACACACAGACACCGAAACACCCACAACCACCACAACCAUGAGGCCAACAACCACCAAAACAACAACAACAACAGCUAUUGACAUUGUAUGAUGAAAAGUCAAAUGAACCACAAAAAGGUUGAUCGUAAUCGCAACCAAAUCAAAAUCGAAAACAAAAAUGAAUAUAUAUCCUCUCUCGCUAAGUCACCAUAAAUCUACCGUUACUACAACGUAGCUUUCACAUAGACUCGUUCAAUACUCAUAUAGUAACCCUUGCAGAGAGCUGCCAGCCAGGCAGCCAAAUAGCAAAGGACCAAGGUCAGCCUGCAGCAGCAUCAGCAGCAGCAGCGGAAGCAACGUGGCAUCCGCCGGCCUGUGAUCCCCAUUCGGCAUGUUGCUGGCCUAAGCUAAGUCCAGAUCCGUAAUUUUUUCUAUUCUACAACCGAAAGGCGAGGGAGAUAUUCAGCAACAAAAAGUAAUGAAAAUUAAAAAAAUUAACAAAAAACGAGAAAAACAAAAAUGAAAAUUAAAAAAGAGAGAAAAUAUCUAAUUUUUGUAAGUCAUGAAAACAAAUGCAUUUAACGAACCGAGAGAACCGAGAACACAAGAGCAGAGCAGUAAACAGAUUAAACGUAACUAUGGAAAACAGAUACAAGAUAGAUAUAUAUAUAUAUACGAGUACAUACAAUACAUAUACACAUAUAUAAUGGAUAACAUUUGAAAAAAGGAUACUUGUAAAUUAUGCAUAUUUAAAUUAAUUUUUACUACACACCUAAGAUCACUAUUAUUUUCGUAAUACGAUUACUACGAUUAUUAUUACUAAAAACUAUUAUUGAGAUAAAAUGAGAUAAAAGAGGAAGAAGGAGAAAAAAAAACCAAUAACCGAAAACCAAAGAAAGAAAGUACAUCUAAGGAAAGGAGAAAGUUCAAGUGCUGACAGUCUUGCCUAAGCCAACGCCUAAGCUUGAGCAGCGUGCGGAAAGGGGAUAUAAAAUGUUUAAUAAAUAAUUAGCUAAAUCUAAAUCGAAAAUCUGUAAAUGAAAGUUAUAGAUUUUCAGAUGAUGCGAUGGCAGUUAUUUAAGUAUAUAUACAUAUAUAAAUUAAUAUAAAUCUAUAUAUAAAUAUAUUUACAGUCUAAGCAAGCAAAGAACCACUAACACUUAAAUAAGCCUAACUUACGAUUAAACCUAAACUUAAUGUUAAUGUUUAGGUUUAAGGUUUGGGUAACUACAAAACGGGAGAUUAUUUCUAGAGAUAUAUGAGAUAUGUACGUAUUAAUCGAACAACAACCACAACAAAUAUUUACCAAGCGCGAGAUGAGCAAGUUUAACUUAAUACAAAUUCUCAACUUAAGCUGUAAAUAGGAUCACACACACACACACACCACAGCCGGACUAUCGAUUGUCGUCGUCUACCGAUUACCAGAUCUUAGGCUUUAUACAAAAUUUGUUUGCUCUGCGCUCCGUCAAAAACUCCACAGCAACCCCAAAAUGUGCGAGUUUUUGCCGGCUAGCGAUGGGCACAGUAUACAGCCACAGCUACAGCGACAGCUAUGUAUCAUAUAAUUUAAACUAGAGCAAUGAGAACACACACUCUAUCUCUCUCUAUCUCUCUAUAUAUAUAGACACAUACUAUAUACUACGUAUAACGCGAUUUUGUUGUAGCUAACCCGCGCUUCACAUUUUCACGCUUCUAGAGAAUCGCUAUAGAAUCCGUUUGCGCCGUUUGCUCGGUUCCAAUCAACUUGCCUCGAAAAACAAACGCAUCAAGUACCUUCAAGUUAAUAGUGUGAGCUGUAAAAAUCGUUACCUGCUUGCCAAAGACACAUAAAUUACAUUAAAACACACAUAGCGUCGUAACACAUUAGCAUAAAUGGAAAAAUAGGAAAACUGUAAGGAGGAGGAAAACCAAAGAUAGUUUGCAAAUUACAUUACAUUUUAGUUUGAGAGACAUUCUAUUGGCGUUCUUUUGGGCAACAUUUUGCAAUGCAUUCCCGAAGGGAGGAGGACUCCCCAAUUGGUUCACUUUAAGGAAACAUAUCACAGGCCUGGGACAGACAGUAGGACAGACAGACAGAGUGAUGGAUGCGAGCAGUUAACUUUUAUAAAUAGUAUACUCGUAUUAGGACUAUAGGGCAAAGAAAUAUAUACAUUCAGAUAUAUAAGAGAAACGUAGCUAUUGUUCCUAUCCAGUUGUUUAAUGUUCGUUCAUUUUGCUUUCACUCAUGGCUACGGAUAUUGAUUUGAACCUUUCCGUCCAUUCAUUCAGCUUUCAACACACAACAACGCAAGAUAAAGUUAAAUAUAUAUUGACAGGUUCAUAUCCAUCCAAGCUGCAGCUUCCUAAAUCAGAACUACGACCACUACAGAGAUACGUAAAGAAUUGCCAAAUCACGACAGGCAGAAUGCAUUCAAAAUGUUGCCACAAGAAAAACACAACAACAAGAACACACAUUAGAAGAAAAGUCAGGAUAUGAGGAUGAAGAAAAGGCGCUUCAAAUAUUUGAGAAAAGAAAAAACUACCAGCGAGGUUUCCAGCAACUAAUUAUACGAUAUAUAAAUCAGAGAUACAUUCAACAUAAAAGCAUACAGACAUUAUAGAUAGUUAAUCCGAUUUGUACACUCCACUUCGAUAGCCACGAACUUCAUACGAACUUUUCUAUGAUAAAACUCUCUCUCUCUCUCUAUCUCUAUCUUUGUAUUGUUUCCACUGCUCUCCUUCAGCAAACAUUCGAAAAUGCUUUAAUUAAUCAGCAAACCAGCAAAGAAUAUGGACAGGAUGUGAAACAAACGGCGGCAAGGGCCGAAGUUGAAGUGCUCUUUCCGUGUACAUACCAUUGGAAUGGAAUUACUUGACGCCUCCUACGACACGAGUACAGUUUCGGAAAGGGCAUUUCCUCCGUUUAGACAUAGAAGAUGAUUCUUAUUAGAAUUCCUCUAGAAUUCGUUACAUUUAAGUCACACAAAUGACAAAGCAUAUAGAAAAUGUUACUGAAGCAAAUGAUAUAUUACGGCAAGUUAUUUCAAGGGCAACCGAAAACCAAGAAACAAAAACAAAACAAAAAUGCUACCUACACAACAACCACAAGAACAACAGAAGAAUAUAUCAUUUAUUGCGAAUGUUGAACACAAAAUUGAUUAAGAGGCAGGGGCCAGCGCUCGCUGGGCGCUCUGGAUACCUUGUAUUGUAUUUUAAUAUCUCGACAACAAUCGAAGGUCGAGAAACGACAAUAAACUGUGAAAAGAAUAUGUAAAAAACAAAAACAAAACAAAAAAAGAAACUAAAAUUAUAUUAUUAACAAGAUUUGCAGAGAAGGCAUUAUUAAUAUUGAAGAACACAGAAACUUGAAUUGUGUAAAACUAAAAACUAAAGAGAAAC